AAGCCUGCAGAAAGGUUUUUGACAUCUUUGCGGACGGUGUGGCCUUGUACACUUCCAGCAACGACCCUAGCCUGAAGUGUAUGACCGCCGACCGGAUAGAAUACAAGCCGAACAGGAAGGUUGUUUACACUUGGAAUCUUCUCAGUGUCCGAGGCUCGAAAAGAGACAAGUACAACGUCGCAUAUUACCCAGGUCCUACACAAGACACUGUAUUCGCCAUUGUCAACCACGAGUGGAAGCAUCCCUUUUUAGCCAAGCUUCACUACACCAAUAAUAAGAACUGCGUUGUUGCCAAUUUACCAUACAAGGGUCAAGUGUGCGUACUCUGGGUCCCGAGAGCAUAUGCAUCAUCAUUUCCGCAAGAAUGCGUCGAUCAAUUUGAAGACAUUUGCUACGUGGAAGUUCCAGCCUACCGAGAGGGCCUGUGUGACUACGCGCGAGGCGAUUAUUAAAAUUAUAUGCAC